CCCCAUUUUAUAUUCCGGAAGCUGAAGUCAUUUAAUUAAUGGCAGUUUAUAUAUAUAAUCUCAAAUAUAUAUAUAUAUAGUAUGAAUAAGCAAUUCCUUGGUCAUAGAUCUCAUCAACUUAAUUUGAACCAUUUCUUCCAUUGAUCAAUUCAUAUCAGAGAAGUCACGGUGUUUUGCAUACAUCGGCCUGCAGAUAUGUUGGCCCUAAGCCCUCCUCUGUUCUCAUCCAACGGAUGGCUCGUUGAUGACUCCAUGAGCCAUCAACAACAACAACAACAGCCACCACAACAACCACCAGCUGAUUAUUAUCAACAACACUUCUCCGGCAUCCCGAAAGAACUUUUGUCCCCACCGCAGCAAUCCCUUCUCCACUUCUAUUUCUCUCAGCCGUCCGAUGAUCACCCACAGCAGCUCGACUGCUUCGAUCCCGUGACUCCCUCCCCCAAGGCUGCCAGUGGUGACCCCAGCAUGGUCAAGAAGCUCAAUCACAAUGCCAGCGAGCGCGACAGGCGCAGGAAGAUCAACGGCCUUUACUCAUCCCUCCGGUCAUUGCUUCCUGCAUCCGAUCAAACGAAGAAACUGAGUAUCCCGUCAACGGUGUCCCGCGUACUGAAGUACAUCCCGGAACUUCAGCAGCAAGUCCAGAAGCUCGCCAAGGAGAAGGAAGACCUCCUCAUGCGGAUUCCUUCAAAGAAUGAGGCUGAAGAGGACAGUCCAUCGGCCUACUACCGAGGAGGACUCGGCAUACGGCAGAGGACUAACAGCAGUGCUUCACCGGAGGUCGUGGCUGACGAGAGACGAUCUGUGUCUGCAAACCGGCUGAGUGAAAGAGAAGUUGCGGUUCAGAUAUCCACCAAGAAAGAAACCGAGAGCCCAUUGCCUGAGAUACUGCUUAAUCUGGAGAGGGACGGGUUUUCUCUCGUAAACGCUUCCACUUUUGAGUCCUUUGGUGACAACAGGGUCUUCUACAAUCUCCAUGUUCAGGUAACAUAUUUGGACCUAACUUUUAUCUGUCAGGAUGAAAGGAUUAACGCAUCAGACUGCGACAAGGUGCGGGAGAAAAUCUUAUCUCUGUGCCGGAAGAGCGACCGUGUCCUUCCCAAAAGACCUGGUAUCCAUUGAUUUGUGGAUCGAUAUUAAUUACUUCAAAUCAUUGUCGUAAAAAAUAUUCAAUACGUCGCAGCACUUAAACCUGCCAGAGGAACUAUUGCCCUCUCGUAGGAUGAAUCGUGUUAAGCAUGCGACGGCCUAAUCAUAAGUACUUUCUCAAUCCUAACAGAGUGCCAUAUAUGUUCAUCGAGCUUAACUAAGAUGUGUAAUGGAUACUAUAAACAAAGAUGUCAAGUUUCCAUGAGAGCUCAAAUGCAAGAUUCUUGGGUUGUGCAUGUAA